CUUCUCAUGGAGCAUUGGCUGGUCUUGGGGAACAAUCGUAGAAGAAAGGGGCAAGAGGGAAGGGGGGAAAAGAAGACCACCAGAUGUGCCUGGUCCCCUGGUUGCCUCCGCCCCUGCUUUACUGUAGCAGCCGAUCUGGAGCGCUGGUUUCCGUUCGGACGGCUGCGGGAGGGCCUUAACGCAAUUUAAAGCAGAGGAUCUCGUUCCCACAGCCAGCUCCUGUAUGUUGCAUCUCGAAGUAAAAUCAGAAACAGAACAGAGCUCGAGAAGUUGACUAGCAUAGCGAGGAGGCCAGGAAGGAAAAAUACUGGCGGCAUGGGGUUGCCCAAGGCCGCCAAGAGCAUGGUGAAGCAGCGCAUCUGCCGUCGCCGGUUCGGCGCGCUGCUCGCUACCGCCCUCGUCGCGGCCGUCCUCGCUGUCGUCGUCUUCUCCAACCUGUUCGCGCACGAUCCAAACGCCUCCUCGCAGUUCAAGACCCUCCGGCCUGUGCGCGAUGCGUCGGAACCUACAGACACCGGAGGAUCUCCCAACAAGGAGGACCUUGCAACAUCGAUAUCUGAUCAAGAACUCGAUGCUGGAAUUUCUGAGCCCAAUCAAGCUUUCCAGGAAACCACGCCUGCAGUUAGCGAAGGAGGGACAUCAACGUCGGUGCCGGACCAAGGAGGGAAAAGCACAGGAGGAUCUGGUUUAGUUCAGUACACAAAAUGCACACCUGGAACUGGAACAACCAUCUGUGACCUCUCCAACCAGCGCUACGACAUCUGUGAGCUUUGUGGUGAUGCUCGCACCAUCGGCCACUCCUCCACUGUAACGUAUGUGCCACAGUCCCUCACUUCCAAUGGUAAAGAGUGGAGCAUUCCUGCACAGUCCCGGAAAAGCCUUCCAUGGAUCAAGAAGGUGACUGUCAAGUCCCUAAAUGCUUCUCAACAGGAGCCAAGUUGCACAUCCAGGCAUGCCAUACCGGCCAUUGUCUUUGCAUUAGGUGGGUUUACAGGGAACAUUUGGCAUGACGUCAGUGAUGUUCUUCUCCCUCUGUUUCUUACUGCCCACCAGUUUGACCAAGAUGUCCAAUUACUUAUCACCAACAAUCAGCCCUGGUUCAUCAAGAAGUACUCAGCAAUCUUUCAUCGCAUCACAAAGCACAAAAUUAUUGAUUUUGAUACAGACAACCAGGUCAGGUGCUAUCCACAUGUCAUUGUUGGACUCAGGAGCCACCGGGACUUUGGUAUUGAUCCGAACGCUUCGCCACAUAACUACACAAUGAUGGAUUUUCGUUUGUUUGUCCGUGAAUCCUAUGGAUUGCCUGCACCCGAAGUGGAUAUACCAUACAGGGCUGACAAAGAUGACCCUGAGAGGAAGCCUCGGAUAAUGCUCAUCGACCGGGGGAAGACUCGAAGGUUCAUGAAUGCUCCCGAUGUUUUGCAAGGGCUUGAUUGGUUUGGUUUUGAGGUGGUUCAGGCAGACCCGAGGGUUGACUCCAAUAAUCUUGAUGAAUUUGUGCGCUUGGUCGACUCAUGUGAUGCAAUCAUGGGUGUUCACGGUGCAGGCUUGACUAACAUGGUGUUCCUGCGGUCCGGUGCAGUGUUGGUGCACAUUGUACCAUAUGGAAUUGAGUUCAUGGCUGAUGGGUUCUACGGUGCACCUGCAAGGAACAUGGGCCUCAGACACGUGCAGUACAGCAUCAGCCCGGACGAGAGCACGCUACUGGAGAAGUAUGGUUGGAACCAUACGGUAAUCAAGGAUCCAGAAGCCAUCAGGAACAGUGGAUGGGAGAAGGUUGGGGAGUUCUAUAUGUCCGCGCAGGACAUUGUGCUCAACAUGACAAGGUUUGGGCCUAGCUUGUUGAAGGCGAUAGAGUUCAUUAUGUAGGUGGAUGAGACGAGGUUUCUGUUAGCUACGGAAAUCCAUCAGUUUUCACUGAAGAAAGAAGCAACUUCACACUUUGUUUUUAUAGGGCUUAUUGUUUUGUUUUUAUAGGGUUUAUUGUCCUCGUGAUGCUAAUGUAUAGAAUUGAAAAUGUAUGAUUGGAUUGAUAGUGCUGUGGAUGUUAAAGAAAAGAUGAUAAUAAGUCCAUUACGAUUUUCUGAUGUUCAGUUUUAA